AGAGGGCAGGACCAAAGCUGCGCUGGCACGUAGAAGAGGAGCUAGAGGGUCCCCUCUGCCAUCAGAGGAGUGAGCAGACCCCCAGGCCAGGGUGGUCGAAGAAUCAUCUUUCCCAACCAAGACCAGUGGCGCGAGAAAGCAAGCUGGGAGGUGACAGAGUGGGGAAAGAGCAGGAAGCCUCUGUUACACUGGCCUAGAAGAGCAACUUGACCAUGGAUGCUGUGAACCUGCCUGAUGAACUGCAGCCAGGCUUUCUGGGGGUGGGCGAAGUUGCCCAGCCCCGCAUGGAGGAGCAGGAUGGUUGCAAGGCCCAGACCGAUAGGUCCUUGGUCACCUUCCUGAGCGGCCCAAGCUACUACACCAAAGUCACCUUCUGGCAGCUGCCGUGUUUGUGUGGGCCCAGCAGCUCCAUCGAGCAUGAGGAGCUCCGCCGGGUGUUGGCGGCUGUGCCAAAAGAGAUCCGUGCUGAGGACUGCAUUGAGGGAGUGACUAAGUACUUUGCUGUGCUGAUGAACAUGCUGAAGACCACGGAGUGCUCAGAGUCACUGGGUGGUGCGCGAGGGCCCGGCGCUGCGGCUCCAAAGCCACUCAGCCUGGUGCUGGAGCGGGUCCCGGCGCCCAUGCUGAGGAGACGGUUCUUGGACACCUCGAAAACCUUCAGGAGCAUUCUGGCCUCUCUGACUUGCAGCAGCUCCAGCUCUGCCCUGUGCUCGGUCCUCUCCUGCCUGGCCACGCUGCUGCGGAAACUGGUUCCCUGGAACAAACUUGUCAUGCGGCAGGCCUACCAACACCUACUCAGCUUCACACUCCAUGCUGAGCCCCAGGUGCAGAAGGCAGCGCAGUGUGGCAUCUCGUCCAUCCUGUUUGAGGUCGUGUCCCCCGCAUACCGCCGGGCCGUGCGUGUCACUGUCAAGUUCUGUGCACAGGAGAUCAGGAGGGCUGGAGGCACCAGGGAGGCCACUGCCAUUCUGGAUGUGUUGACACUGCUGCAUGACCUGCUGCCCCGCCUGCCCGGGGCCACCAUGAGUAUCUACUGCGAGACCCUGCUCCACGUUAUGACCCUUGGCCAAAUGCUGGUAAUGGAGUCUGCCAUGCAGAUCUUCCACUUCCUCUUCAGUGCGCAGUCCAGUCACACCUGCCUCCCUGUUGAGCUCAAUGUCCAGAUCAUCGAGGCGCUGUAUGACUAUUUGCCCAGCGAGAGCAAUCUGCAGCCUACGGUGACCUGGCUGGAUGUCAUGGAGAGGGCCCACAUCCACCUGGGCAGGCUGCAGAUGGAGCUGUGCUGGAGGCACUUGCCCCGGCUCUUCGCAGCCACUAUGACCCUCUUCUUGUUGCCGCACCCCCAGGUGCCAUCAGUUGCCGCAAAGACCCUCAAGAUGCUGCUGAACAAGUGCGUGGUCCCCCACAUGGCCAACCUGGGGCUCAUCUCCACCUCUGCCUCCGGCCCCGCUGCCUCUCUCUGCGAGAUGUUCAGGGCGGUGGAGGACGGUCUGACGUACCAGUACCGUAAGGUGCGGGCACCUGUGCUGCAGGUGCUGCAGGUCUUCUUCAAGGUGUGCGGGAAACAGGGUCACCCCAUCAUGAGGAAGUGCCUGAAGACCCUGUGCAAAUUGCGUCUGUCCCUGGAUUUCUCUGAUGUGACCGAGCUGGACAAGGCGGUGGGGGCUGCCGUGAGCGCCAUGGGUCCCGAGGUGCUGUUGGAGGCCGUGCCCCUGGGUAUCAAGAGCAGGGAGGAGAUACUGGACUUCUCCCGCAGCUGGCUGUUGCCUGUGCUCCAGGACCACAUCCGCAGUGCCCGGCUUGGCUUCUUCAUUCACUACUUUCUGCCACUGGCGGCUGCCCUGAAGGGCAGAGCCAUGAAGCUAGCUCAAGACAGGAUGAUGCUGAAGUCCAAGAUCUACAACAAGCUAGAGGGGCAGGUGUGGUCCCUGCUGCCCAUGUUUUGCAGGUGUCCCACGGAUGUGGUGAACUCCUUCGGCAGGCUAGCACACACCCUGGGCAUGACUCUCAGUGAGCGCCCUGACCUGCACCUCACUGUGUGCCAGGCCCUGUGCACCCUCAUCACCAAAGGCUGCCAGACAGCUGCCGAGCGGGCAGAGGUCAGCCACUUCGCCAAGUACUUCCUGCCCAUCUUGUUCAUCAUGUACAGACAGCCCAACAACAACAGGGCACAUCAGCACACUGUGCUGGACACCAUCCGCACUUACCUCACCAUCACUGACCAGCAGAUGGUGUGCAGGUUCCUUCAGGAUGCCGGAAAGAUGCUGCUCUGGAGAGAUCCCCACAUCGUAGAGUUCACCAGGCUGUCCAACCUGGACCUGGUCAUGGCCAUGAUCCCCUACGCUGACGAGCCAACCCUGAGCACCCUGUACCACACCAUCCAGCGCUUCCUGCAGGUGUUGGGCGUCUGCGAGACCGCUGCCAUGCUGCUGGUGAAGAUGGGCCAGGCCUUCCUGUGCUUUGGCCCCACCCCACAAGAGGCCAUGCAGAGGUUCCUGUACCUUGUUUCCCCGGGGCUCAGGGGCUCUGUCAGCAUGAUCAACUGCACCGUGCUGGUGCUCACCCGCCUCCUCUUCAACUUCAAAGAGCACCUGGGCCCGGAUGAGAUGGAGCACCUGCUGCGCAGCGUCUGCCUGCUGCUGGGUUUCCGCACCCGCCGCGUGGUCAAGGCUGUGCUCGGCUUCCUCCGGGCCACACUGCUGCUCUUGGAUGACAGGUUGUUGGCCCCACAUAUCCCUGCCGUGCUGGAGGCUUUGCAGGACCUGCCGGGUAUCACGAAGCGUCACUUCCGUGCGAAGCUGAAGUUCAUUCGCAACCAUUGUAGGAGGCUCCAGUAUCCAUCUGCCGCCAGGACACAAGGAGGACUACACGUCCAAGAAAGGCAGAGACGACGUGAAGGCCAGUCAGCUGGACCCCUACGUCUACUUCGCCCUCAACAGCGCCACACUCAACAGGAGGGAGAAGGCGAAGAUGCAGGGACACUUCAAGGGGCUGAUGAAGGGAGCCCAGCACGGCAUCCAGGCUGGGCGCAGACACCGCCUCACUCGUGAAGUGAGGCCUGCUGGCCCCCUGCCCCCCACCAGAUGUGCAGCCAUGCGCGUGGUGGCCCCGGCCUCGAUCUCUGCGCAGUGCUGCCGGGGGUGGCGUGUGCAUGGGUGUUUGUGCGAGCGGGUGUGUGUGUGCAGAGCCCACAGAGCGGGGAGCAAUAAAUACGAUUCCCCCCGGACUGAUCGAUUGUUCCUCGUCCUUCUGGGGCUGGGG